AUGACUACCAACCGACAAGUCGUUGCAAUUGCGGGUGGCACAGGCGGACUAGGACGCACAUUUGUUGACGUUUUCCAAAACCAUUUUGAAGUAAUCGUGCUGACACACAGGUCAAGCACGCACAGCCAAGAGGUCUUUGUUGACUAUGAUAAUAUUCAAGGAAUGCGUGAUAUACUCGAGAAACAUCAUAUUUCUGCAGUCGUAUCCACGCUUAGUGAUGUCGCUGGCGAUUCUCAAAGCAAUCUCGUCGAAGCUUGUCUGCAAUCCCAGGUGACCAAACGCUUUAUCCCAAGUUCUUGGUUCUUGUCGUAUCCAAGAAGUGCCAUCGAUGUCAUGCCGCCACUAGUGAACUAUUUCAAAUGCCUCGACAGGCUUCAGGUCAUUCCAGAUGCACAAUCUCUCGAGUGGACGGUCGUUAGCAACGGAAUUUUUCUCGACUACUUUGGAAUGCCCAAUAUGCCUACGACUCUGCGAUCUGCUUGUUUCAUCGUGGAUAUGCAGCAUGAGAUGAUCGCAAUACCUGGCGAUGGCAACACAGUCGUUACUUUAACUGCUACUAGGGACGUAGCAAGAUAUGUAACAGGUCUUUUGAAGUUGCCAUUAGGGUCAUGGCCACAGGAGUAUCACAUUGCCGGGGACAGAAUAACGUUGAACGAAUUUGUCAACCUGACGAAGAUCAUUACGGGGAGGCAGUUGAAGGUAGUGUAUGAGGAGGAAGUCAAACUCCGGCAAGGCAGGAUCACCGCAUUGCCGUCUCAAACGUCACAGCGUUACGAACUCGACCCCGAGGCUUUUGAUAAAUACAUUGCUAUCUUAGAGACAUGGAUAAUAGACGGCUUGAUGGAUAUUAAACCCACUCACAUCAAGGCCAUGCCUACCAUCCAUACUAUGACGGUGAAAGACAUGUUGGAGAGUUAUUGGAAGCUGUCGCGAUCUAUAGAGUUAUGA